CUUUCAUCUGCAGGCAUUAUUCGCUUGCCAAGGUUCGAUAUGGCAAUGGCUAAAUCUGAGGCUAACAGUAAGCCUGUCCUAGCUGCCGAAGAUGUCUACAUUGUCACUGCGUAUGGUAGAAUAUAUUGCUUGCAAGUUGAUAGAGUUGCGAUGCUCCUCCAUUUGUAUAGGUUUUACCGCGAUGCUGUUGUACAGCAGGGUUCUUUGCCCAUUUAUUCAAGCAGGAUUGCUGUGAGUGUGGUUGAUAAUGUACUGCUUGUUCACCAAGUUGAUGCAAAGGUCGUCAUACUAUAUGACAUAUUUGCAGAUUCUCGGGCACCCAUAUCUGCCCCACUUCCUCUAUUGUUGAGGGGUUUCCGCAGAUUUAGUACUUCUACUUCUCGGUCUAGCAGGGAAGAGAGUGAAAGUUCAGAGGGUAAUGUUGUAAGUGACAGUGAAGCAGUCAUCUACGGAGAUGACUGGAUUUUUCUUGUUCCUGACCUUGUAUGCGAUGUUGCUAACAAGUUUCUAUGGAAGAUUCAUUUAGAUUUGGAGGCAAUUUCUGCCAGUAGCUCAGAAAUGCCAUCAGUACUAGAAUUCUUGCAGCGCCGAAAGUUGGAAGCCAAUAAGGCUAAACAAUUGUGCUUGGCAAUAGCACGCACUGUUAUUCUUGAACGGAGGCCCGUGGCUAUGGUUGCCAGGGCAAUGGAUGUUUUAGUUACCUCUUACGCCCACUCUAUCAAAUCGGGUAGCUAUUUUAAGGGAAUAAAAUCUGAGAAGGCAUUACCUUCUAGCGUGCCGCAUGUCACUAGUCCCGACUCUGGGGCUGAUGUAUCUGCCACUAGAGUAGGUGCACUAGGGAAAGCUGUUAAACUUGAAUCUGCUGCUGGAGUGGACGGUGACUAUUUUAAUAGAUCUUCAACUUUUUCGGCUUUAGACUCUGAGGAGAAAGACAGCUCUGAACCACCAAAGACCAAUUCAAGUGACCUUCAAUUUAUUGAUAGUAAAGUGGACAGAGAAAAGUCAAUGGGUGCUGAAAUUUCCAGUACUGAAGUUCAGCCAUCGUCUUUACAACAUCAUCUUCUUGUACAAGGUAACAACCCAUUGAAUGCUAACGUUUCUGAGCAGCAGGAGGCUCAACUUACUUCGCCAGCAAUUUCACCUGAUGAGAUGUACAGCUUUGUGUUUGCUCCUGUUGAGGAGGAGAUGGUGGGAGACCCUUCAUACUUGGUUGCCAUCAUUGUUGAGUUCCUUCGCAGUGCUAAUUCAGAGAAGGUUAAAGUACAUUCAAAUAUCUAUGUUUUGACCAUACAACAGCUAGCGCGCAACGAGAGAUAUGCAGAACUUGGACUGUUUGUCAUAAACAAGAUCGUCGAACCUUCUAAAGAAGUUGCGUUGCAACUCCUGGAGUCCGGCCGUCAGAAUAUCCAAACAAGGAAGCUGGGUCUGGAUAUGCUAAGGCAGCUUUCUUUACAUCAAGACUAUGUGUUGUUUUUGGUGCAAGACGGUUAUUAUCUUGAAGCUUUACGUUAUGCACGGAAGUGCAAGGUUAAUUCUAUCCGGCCUUCAUUGUUUCUCGAAGCAGCAUUUGCUUCCAACGACUCUCAACAUCUAGCUGCAGUUCUAAGGUUCUUUUCGGAUUUUAUUCCUGGCUUCCAAAACACUUCUGAUCACAAUAAAUAUUACCGGAUUCUCAGUGAGAUGAACUCAUCCAUUGCUGCUUGAAGUUUCUGACCAGCUACUUAUUGUUGGAGAUUGGAAUUGCUGGUCAUUGUUAGCAAAAUGCGUAUGUGCUGCUAAAGUUUCCAAGAACUCUCUUGGUAAGAACGCGUGGAAUAUGUGAACUUUAUGAAAUAUGAUAAGCUACAACUGACAAAUGUGGCUUCUCUCUCUCUCUCCCAAAGCAAAAGAGAAACUAGUAUGGUGAAAGAGUGGAAGGGCGUCAAACUUAACAGCUAUCUCCCUUCAUCUUGUGCUACAUGCAAAUCGACCUGUACAAUUUGAUAACACUUCACCCAUCACAACCUCAAUGACACUAGCUUGGUUCUUUUCCCACAUGCCCACUGUGCAAUACGUCCUUGUUCUCACACUGAAUUUGCUUAUUAGUCUUCUGUACUUUGCUGCUUUGAUUUUUUCCUUUUCCUGAGCAGUAUUGAAUGUAUUGUGAAACCUUGAGCUAAUACUACUACUUAUUCCUAAC